AAGGUCGUCGGGACGAGCCGUCCAUCGCCAUUUAGAAAUUGGGGCAAAGAACUUUCCCCUUUGUUUGGAGAUUAGGGGUUUGGAUCCUCCUCUUUGCUUCUGUUGCUUUGGUUGAAUCUGCCAUGGAAAUGGAGCGCAUAGGGGAAUUUCCCCACAACCACGUGGAUCGACGCCCCUGGAAGCGGCCGAGACAUAAUUUGGACAUCUCGCAGCAUUCAAAGCUAUCGGAUUUGGUGAGGAUCUAUCAGCGUCCCCUCAGAACCGAUCAGAUAGGAAUAUUAUGUGGGCAAGAAGUUGGCGAUGUGAACAGCUUAAUUUCAUCGACGGCAUCUUCACACCAUACUUGUUCUUCUCUGUUUUCGAAGGGAGUGGCUCGAAAUGCUUCCCCCCCUUGGAGAGAGGAUGAUAAAGAUGGGCAUUAUAUGUUUGCUGUCGGAGAAAAUUUGACUUCUCGCUACAAGAUCUACAGUAAGAUUGGUGAAGGUACUUUCGGUCAGGUUUUGGAAUGUUGGGAUCGAGAAAAGAAGGAGAUGGUAGCUAUUAAAAUUGUUCGAUCCAUCAAGAAAUAUCGGGAGGCUGCUAUGAUCGAGGUUGAUGUACUACAUCAUCUUGGUAAACAUGACAAGAAUGACAAUCGUUGUGUGCAAUUACGGAACUGGUUUGACUAUCGUAACCAUGUCUGUAUAGUAUUUGAGAAGCUUGGACCAAGCUUAUACGAUUUUCUACGGAAAAAUGGUUAUCGCUCAUUUCCCAUUGACCUUGUUCGCGAGAUUGGCAGACAACUGUUGGAAUCUGUUGCAUUUAUGCAUGAUUUGCAUCUCAUUCAUACAGACUUAAAACCUGAGAACAUUCUUUUUGUGUCCCCUGAGUAUAUCAAGGUCUCUGAAUAUAAGGAUGGUUCAUGCUCCAAGAGGCUUCCAAAAUCUAGUGCCAUCAAGUUAAUUGAUUUUGGUAGCGCAACCUAUGACCGCAAGGACCAUACUUAUAUAGUCUCGACCAGGCAUUAUCGAGCACCAGAGGUUAUCUUGGGGCUUGGAUGGAGUUAUCCAUGUGAUAUAUGGAGCAUUGGUUGUAUCAUCGUAGAACUUUGCUCGGGGGAGGCCUUGUUCCAGACCCAUGAAAAUUUAGAACACAUGGCCAUGAUGGAGAGAGUGUUGGGUCCCUUUCCCCAGCAUAUGCUGAAGAGAGCUGAUAGGCACGCUGAGAAAUACAUUAGAAAAGGUCGGCUGAACUGGCCAGCAGGUGCUACAUCCAGGGAGAGUAUUAAAGCUGUUCAAAAACUACUUCGUCUGCAGAAUAUUGUUAUGCAGCAUGUCGAUCACUCUGCUGGCGAUGUUAUUGAUCUUUUACAAGGUCUCCUCAGGUACGAGCCUUCAGAACGAUUGACUGCCCAUGAAGCUCUUAGGCAUUCUUUUUUCACGAAGAAUCAGCAUCGGUAUUAGAUAAUUACAGUGUUUUCUAAUCACAUUGGAUUGCGACCUGGUCUAGAGUUGUCAUCAGCACUCAAGAAACUAACCUGUGAUAUGUAGAUGUUGUAGAAGUAGUUGGGUGUUUUCUUGAUCUUUUUUUUUUACCCAACUAUUGUAAUGUUUACUUGAACAAAGUAAAAUUUAUGGAUUGGAUGCGGUUUGUCCCAACAAAAGUUGUGCACUGAAUGUGAACUGGUGAAGGGUUACCUGAGAAGUCUAUUCAAGGCCCAUUUUGGUAUCAUGUAAUAAUGAUCGAGGUUGAAUCAUAUCUUGGUUACAUGAAAAGUUUCACUGAAUGUGUACUUGAACGAA